UCGGUGCUGCGCUUUUCUGUGCGCGAGCGACAGACACGGCGGAGGGAAGCGCACGCGCUGCGGCGCUCAGACCCACUUCUGCUUGUCCGGUGCUCCUCAGUCACACACACACUAAGUCUGGAGACGGAUUAUCGGUGUGACUGAAUGAAGUGCGUCACACAGAGAGAAGAAACAGAGGCGGCGAGGGACCGAGAUGCGGAGCAGAGACACGCACAAACACCGAGAACCGGGAGUGUGGAGGAACUCUGAUCCCUAACACACACACACACACACACACACACACACACACACACACACACUUCACCGUGACAAGGAGUGUUUGAUGGUAAGAGGUCGGAGGUCAGCGGUCGAGGAAGGUGACUGAGUGAAUGACGUUCCCAGAGGUUUCCUCUGUGUAUGAAGACGACAGGCGAUGGAGCACCUUACUGAAAUUUCCUGCAAGUGAACGUUAACUCAACAAAGCGAAAUCAUAAGGAUGUAAAUAAGCGUUCCCCGGGGAUGUAUUGAGGUUCGACUUCGUUCCACGCUCUCGCGAUGACAUUUUGAAACCAAGCCAAAAUGGCAAAGCCGUUCUACAGACUUCAGCGCUUCUUGCGGCGGACUCAGCUGGUUUUUCUGUUCCUGGGCGUGGCUUACAUCAUGGCAGGAAGUGUCCUUUUGCUGCAGAGAUCAGGACUGGUGGUUUCUCAGCGUGGUAGCUUACUCCCUCCACCCUCGCUGCCUUCACCUCCACGAGCACUCGAAGCUCCUGCUCUCAGGACUGGGCAUGGUGUGAUGGCUUCACGGUUGGGUAGAAAGACCUAUCAGGUUGGCGAGUCAGAUGAUGGGAGAGAAACACAAUGGCUGAUGUCACGUAACCAAGAGAUCCGGCAUCUCCGGCGACGAUGGUUCCAUAGCCUGAUGUCUGAGCAGGACACGAACAGGGUCGAGAGAGCUACUCCGAAGAGGAAAGUCAGGCACAAAGGAACCUACAUUGGAUGUUUUCUGGAUGAUGCUAAGGACCGAACCCUGAAGGGCAUGGUGUUCUACGAUUUCCGCAAAAUGACCAGCACUCUAUGUCAAGACACCUGCACAGAGAGUGGGUACCAAUAUGCUGGCCUGGAGUACGGGUCCGAGUGUUACUGUGGCAACCGCAUCACCGGUGCUCGGGUGAAGGAGGAAGAGUGUAAUCUGGACUGUAAAGGAGAGAAGGGCUUUAUCUGUGGGGGCGUGGCCCGUCUGUCUGUCUACAAAGUGGAGGAAGUUCUUCCCGGCCAGAGGAGAUACAGGAACGUACGCUAUCGUGGCUGCUUCAGAAGACCCGACAACACAACCGCGGCGUCUCUGAUCCGCCUGGUUCAGCCUAACCUCACCUCCCAGAUGUGCAUCGAGGCCUGCAUGGACAAGGAGUUUCCCUUAGCCAUGCUGAGCGCUCCGGAGUGUUUCUGCGGCUACGCUACUCCAACCUUCUCCUUCCAUGAUCCAGUGAAUGAAGAUCACUGUGCUCAGAUCAACAGCAGCCUGCCGACUGGAAAACCACACCCGUACGUCCUUCAGGUCUAUCAGACACCUGUGCAGGACUCCAGAUGUACGGAACGAAGAUUCCUGCCAGAAAAAUCGAGCCGGUUGGUCGCUCUGUCCAGUUUUCCUGGAGCGGGUAACACCUGGGUGAGACACCUGAUUGAGCUCGCUACUGGAUAUUACACAGGCAGCUACUACUUUGAUGGCACACUUUAUAAUAGAGGCUUCAAGGGCGAGAAGGAUUACUGGAAAAGUGGACGCACCAUCUGCGUGAAGACGCACGAGAGCGGCAAGCGCGACAUCGAGAUGUAUGACUCAGCCAUCUUGCUGAUCAGAAACCCGUACCGCUCUCUCAUGGCCGAGUUUAAUCGCAAAUGUGCAGGACAUCUCGGCUACGCCUCGGACCAGCACUGGAAGAGCAACGAAUGGCCCGAGUUUGUCGGCAGUUACGCGUCUUGGUGGGCGUCUCACGUUCUGGACUGGCUCCGAUUUGGCCAGAAGCUGCUGGUGCUUCAUUAUGAAGAGCUGCAGGAGUCGCUGGUGCCCAGGCUCCGCUCUGUUAUCGUCUUUCUCAACGUCAGCACCAGCGAGGAACGCCUCCUCUGCGCCGAAACCAACAAGGACGGGCAUUUCAAACGCUCCGGCGCUCGCCGGCCCACCUUUGACCCCUUCACCCCGGACAUGAGGCGGUUGAUUGACAGUUAUAUUAAGGUCGUGGAUCAGGCACUCAGAGAAAGCAACCACAGCGGCCUGCCUCAGGAGUACAUCCCAAGAUGAUGAGGGUUUAUAUCCCAUGUUUUAUUUUCCUUCAAAGUUUCAAACGAAGGGCUUUAUUCGAGGGAAAUGUCGGUUCUGUUCUUGGAGCUCGGUCAGGAUUUGACAUUUGUUUUCCAGUUUAAAGCUUUGGCACUCAGCAGAACUCCAUCAUGCUUAAGAUUCAUUAAAGAUUCGAUCUCGUGAGAUUCUGAGAUUCAAAACGUUGAGUAUUUUGACCGAGUGGAAACUGGUGUCUAUAACGUGUAUGCCAUUUUCUAAAGUUACAUUUAAUAAACUUUGCUUAGUCUCCAAAAUGUUUUCAGUGUAAUUAGAUAAGAAGUGACAUUUUUCAAUAAAAUGAUUUGACAAACAAGAAAAUGUGACUUCCGUAGAGAUUUCUUACCUAAACAAUAUCAUUACACAAUGACGGUGCAGUC